AUGAUUUACAAGAUCUUCUAUGUUGAGAUCGAGCAUCCAUUCCUUCGCCGUUUUGUACAGCUGCUUCAUUUCGUCCUGGCUGCACCCUGGUUCAUUGUUUGGUGGGGCUGGGAGCGAUACUUUGAGAUGGUCCGCUUCUUCGUGGUUUCCGCCCAUACCUUUGAACUGGACUACAAGGCCAUCCUGACUCCUUUGCAGAUCAAGGGAGUUGUGCACGUGGGAGCGAAUGUGGGUCAAGAGGCAGCGGUCUACGAUGAGCUGGGCGUGCCGAAAGUCCUCUGGAUUGAAGCACAGGAGGACUGCCGAGGGGCCCUGGAGGGAGCACUCAAAAAGCACCAUCGUGAUGAGGAUGUGGUGGCCAUCACAGCAGUAUCUGGCGAGGAAGGCUCUGCCACCCUCUUCCAGAUGGACAACUCCAUCUCGAGCUCCUUGAAGCCAUUGGGCUCUGGUCACAAGCAUUUCUUCCCAUUCAUUCAGCAGGCGAAGACACAGCAACUGCAGACAGAGACUCUGGAUGGUUUGUUGAAGCGCUUGUCCUUGAACCCCCGCGAGUUCGACUUCAUGUAUUUGGAUGUGCAGGGCAGUGAGCUGGAUGUGCUAAAGGGAAGCACAACACAAGUGCUUCCACAUAUUCGCUACCUCGUCACAGAAGUUUCAGCAGAGGAGCAUUACAAGGGAGGCCGAGAGGUGGCGAAAGUCACCAACGGCUUCAUGGAUGAGAUUGGCAUCAAAUGUGAGCCUUUAGCAAUGGCCCAAGAAGCAGACGGAGAGAAGCUGGGCGAAAGAAGUGGCUCCUCCGUCCUGAUUGAGAUGAAAAGGGGCGAGCUGAGCAUCAGCGUUGAAAGGAAAGACAUGCUGAGUCCACCAUCCACCAAGGUGCGAACUAGUCUCAAGACCAGCAUCCAUCGAGUUCCUCCCGAGAAGGAUCGAGUUCGCCCCGAGAAGCAGUUCAGUGGUUCGAUCGGUUCGGACAUGCAGUUACCUGCAACCCGAAGUAGUUCAGGACCAAAUCUGCGGAACCUCUCAGGGCCUCUCACGCCCGCUGGUCGCAGCACCAGUCUGCGUGUUCCUGCUGGCACUCCUGCGAAUGCACCAUCGACUCCGCUGACACUGCCUGAAGGUGCAUUGGCCACCUCCAAUGGUGCACCAGUGACCGCAUCGCCAACGUCACAGUCUGGCCGUGCGUUUACACCUGUGACACCAAAUGCUCGUGCACAGAUGGUGGCUUCGCUGCAGAACGGGUCUCUUCCUUUUGGCAGUGAAGAGCUCACCUUUGGCGUGUGGCGUCGAGAUGUUGCAGAUCUGCACAUGCUAUUUCAGGAGAAAAAUGUGGAGGAGGAGACAGUCAGGAAUCUGGGUGAGCCCGUGUUUUCGAGCGUGUCUUUCUUGCUCCCAACAGCUUCAGCCACAGAGGAGGACUCUACUGCAUGCUGCAAAGGCAUAGCGCAUUAUCGACCCCAGACCUACGACUGGCUGACAGGGCGGAUGUCUACAUCUAGAAAGCACGUCCUCGUGUUCUUCUUCAUGGUUCUUGAGGGCAUACGCCUAAUUUUGGCGAAGCGUGCUUUCAUUCCAGGCAUCAACAUGCUAUCUAUCCUGGUAGUUGAAAAUCUAUCUUCCUUCGUUUUGGCCUGCGUCAUUACGCUCAUCAUGGAGGGCUCUGGGAUCAUUAAGGAAAUGCUGUCCUGGAGUCAGCUCUGGCGCUUCAUGAUCUCCGCGUUGAUGUUCACAGCAGGCUCUGGCUUGGUUUUGGCUGCCUACUGCGUCGGCACCAGCCCAGUCGAGGUUGUGACCUUCGGAUAUAGCUACAUGCCCAUCUGCGCUGUGCUGAGCUACUUUGCUUUCAACAGGCGGUAUGGACGUUUGGAGUGGCUAUCAGUGGGUAUGCUUACCUUGGGUGUCUUGGCUUUUGUCCUGCUUAGAGAAGAGUCUCGAGAAGGGAAAGAGCUAAAGUUUCAGAUGAAGGGCUUGUUGCUCGUGGUGGCAUCAGUCGUUUGCAGUGCUACGGGCUCCAUUUUAGCAGAGCGUGUCUUCAAGGAAAGGUCUUUUGGAGAUGCCAAGCAAGACCGGUUCUACAUCAUGAAGUUUCACUUGGACCUCACAGCCUUGUUCACCGCUGCACUUUUGUGGUCCCUGCCAUUGAACCGAUUGGUGGUGGUUAGAGACUUCAUGCUUAGAUGGGAAAGAAGCGAGGAUUGGUUUGGCAACUGGGGAACGUCGCAGUGCCUCAUGGUCUUGGUGAUGGUAGCUCACGGCUGGGCUGCAGGUCUCAUCACUCGAGAAUUUUCCACCGUGAUUCGCUCCAUCGUGCAGACACUGGCUUUGCUCAGCUCCUGGUUGAUAGGUGACCCUUUGCAAGACAAUCGGCUCAAUUUCUUGCAGCGCUGCGUACCAUCUUGGCUGCUCUAUUUGAUCGUCAUCAUGGCAGCACUAAUUUUUCAGACCGGCCGAGUAAAUCUCAAGGUCAUCCGAAAGGCCUGUGAUCUAAGUACGGAGGCCGAAACGCUGACAGAACGAGGGUGA